AUGUGCACAUACUAUUUGUCACAGUGCGUCCAUUAUUUUGAAGUUAAGACGUGUUUUAAAUUAAGAUGUGAUUGUACGCAUAAAAGAUCACUGACGAAACGACCUUGGAAUCUCAACGACAUAGUUGAUGCAUUACACAAUAUAGAUUCUGAUGACGAUCUGCCCAGUGAAAUUACCAUUUUUCCAACUGAAGAUCCAAAUAACGAAAUAACAGACGAAGAUUCUGGUGAUGAAGAAUUUGUGACAUUACAUAAUCUCCCAGGUUCCCAGCUAAGAGCUCCAGCAGAGAUUACUUAUGAUAUAUGA